CUGUUUUGCCUACAGCUGAGCCACCACCAAGAGGAGCAGAUGAUGCAGUGCACCAAAACCAGGAUUCAAGCCUAUUUCAGAGGCCUACUCCAAAUGUCGCUCACACAGAGCAAAGGCUGAUGAUCAGCCACAAACGUAUCCACGAGGUGAAGCAGGAAUCCGAAGAACAAAAGCAACACAACAAUGGUCAGUCAGGAAUUGAGCAACACAAAACACAAGCAGAGGUGGUGACUAAAAGAAGUGAGACUGCAGAGAGUGUCCACUCARCGCUGUCUGCUGAUAGGAACACAGGUGCUGGGUCAUUGAACAGCGUGUGCACCUCUUACCCCAGCUCCCUGCUCGGCAUCACGGUCGUCAAAAGAGAAUCAGAACAAACAGAGUGCACGACGUCAGAGCAACUGCCAACACAAGAACAAUAUCCUGGACGUGUGGAUUUAAGCUCCGGCUCUAACCUUCACAUCUCUGCUGAGACACACAGACCACACGUUGUCGCAGAGUCUUACGGGCUCGUCUUCAUCAACCCCGAUCCGACCGCACACAGGAGCCAGGGGUGCGCGAAAACCAACAGGACCUCGUUUCAGCAAAGACGAAUCACGUUGGAGCCCUCCAAGGGUGACGACACACACCUGUGUGUCAUGUGCGGGAAAACCUUCAGCAGAUUCAACAACCUGAGGAUCCACCAGCGCUGUCACACGGGAGAGAAACCGUACGGCUGCGUGCAGUGCGGGAGGCGUUUCAGGCUGGCGGGAGAUCUGAAAAAACACAAGAGGGUCCACACGGGGGAGAAACCGUACCACUGCAGCCAGUGCGGAAAGAACUUCAGUCGAGGAGAGAAUCUCAAAAGGCAUCAAAGAGUCCACAUUGGGAAGUUGCUGCAGUUACAGGGAGCAGCUGUGGGGUUUCCUGGAUCGAACUGAGUCAGCAUGGUUGCCUAAUCACUUAAAGAUGGUUUUUAAUCUCACAACAAAUAAGUACAAAAUAAUAAUC